UUCACGAGCAGGUUGUUUUGUAGCGUGAACGAAGACAAUCCGCGCUUAAAUGCCCUAGGGACAACGUCGGUGUUCUCUUCCAAAUACUUGACGAGGCCUUUUAGCUCCGGGUCUACUCGUUGCUGUUUAGUGAAGUCUUCUGCGCUUAUUAUUCCGAGGAAGGCGUCGUCAUCCUCGUCGUCUGCCGGCGGGGGAACGAUGGGGGCGCGUGAUAGGCAGUCGGCGUCAGAGUGUUUUCUUCCGGACUUGUAGACCGAGGCCUAGGCUACUGGCGUCAGUGUGGAUUUCGGUAUCGGCGUCCUCGUCGAAGUGUGCAAGUGCCGGCGAAGUGGGCAAUGCGUCGGCCUGCGGCGUUUCCCACUUGAACUCGACAUCUCAUUUGGUUAGAUGGUUAGCGGCUCCACGAUGCGUGAAAAGACUUUGACAAAGCUCCUAUAGUAGGCACACAUGGCCGGGCACUGCGUUUCUAGCCGUGCGGUCCACUAUGUCCGGCCGGGCACUAGCAGAAAAGGCGUCCAAGACUACGAAGGGGAAGUCUCAAUCGUCGCGGGCUGGACUUCACUUCCCGGUGGAUCGCAUCGACCACCUGAUGAGCAAGGGCAACUACGCAGAUCGUAUAGGCGCCGGCGCCCCGGUCUACAUGGCGGCAGUGUUGGAGCACCUGGCGGCUGAAGUGCUCGAGCUGGCGGGAAACGCGGCUCGCGACAACCACAAGACACGCAUCACGCCCCGCCAUUUGCAGGUGGCCGUGCGUAACGACGAGGAGCUCAGCAAGUUGCUGUCGGGCGUCACUAUAUCCGAGGGCGGCGUGCUGCCCAGCAUUCCACAGGAGCUGCUCCCGAAGAAGUCCGGCGGAAGUCAGCUGCAGCAGAAUGGCCACAAAGGGGCCGAUGCGGGCGGUGGAAGCCAGACUUACUGAGGGGCCUCGUCACACUCGCCGUCAAAAGGUACCGUCAAUCAAAAUAAAUUAGUUAUACAAAAAAAAACCCAGGCUACGGUCAAAGAACGGCGACAGCGGCUAACACAGUCGGCGAUUGUCUAAAUAUCAGCGGGUCAAGGGCAUCGGCUUUUAUACAUCAGACGUCGAAUGUUCAAGAGUAAUCGCUGGAACCCGCGUGCCUUGCACAAAGUUCUACACCAUUCACGUCACGCGAUGAAAUCAGACAACACAAGGUUCGGUAAAAACAGACGGCAGAUAGAACCACCGACAACACCCCAGAUACCUCCGGCCGCGCUGCGCGACAACAUCCGGCAGGCGGCGAAACGCGGUCACCCGACAGAGAUAUACAAGUGCACGUGUCAAUAUUUACAAAAUGCCACUUGACAUCAUUUUCUUUAAGGUGUACAUACAACAGCAAACAGAGAGAGAUAAUUUUUUAAUGAUGCAGAAGGCAACGAGCUACACUCCUUCGGACAGGUACUCUGUCCUGCAGGAAAAGGGGAAAAGGAAAAAAAAAAGGAAUAAGGUGCGGAACAGGGGACCAAAUUUACAAAGCUAUUCGUUCGUAAUAGCGCUCUGCCACUGGCCUUUGCUAAUGAUACGACCAGAGAGAGAGAGAGAGAGAAAGGCAAAGGAAAGACAGGGAGGUUAACCAGUGAUUAUCUCCGGUUGGCUACACUGUACUGGGGGAGGGGCAAGGGGAUGCAAUAGGUGAGAAAGAAAGACGGAUAAAAGAAGAACCUAAACACACACACGCACGUACAAUGAUACGACCAACACAGUACGCUGGUAUAUGCCGUUACGAACAAUUCUUUAGCACCUUCUCUGUAA